AUGAACCUGUCCUCCAUAGUUGUAGAUCAUCUGCUGCCUGUGCAGCUGUGCAUCAUGACCAUCCUCUCCUUUUUCAACAGACUCUUGGACAAACUCUACUCCUGGAGAGUGUGCACAGGACCAGGCACUGAAACAGGAGUCAGCAAAAGAAGUCCAAAUGCAGUUACUCCGACCAGCGUCAACUACCAUUAUACACGCAAGUGUAACUACAAGUGUGGCUUUUGUUUCCACACUGCAAAGACAUCCUUUGUACUGCCUCUGGAGGAAGCAAAGAGGGGCCUUAAACUCCUGAGGGAUUCAGGAAUGGAAAAGAUCAACUUCUCUGGUGGAGAACCAUUCUUGCAUGAAAAGGGCGACUAUCUUGGAAAAUUGGUCCAAUACUGCAAACAAGAGCUACAACUUCCAAGUGUCAGCAUUGUCAGCAAUGGUAGCAUGAUCAAAGAAACGUGGUUCCAAAAAUAUGGCAGCCAUCUUGACAUCCUGGCCAUAUCCUGUGACAGUUUUGAUGAAGCGACCAACCAGCUGAUUGGCCGAGCUCAAGGCAAGAAGAGCCACCUGAACUGUCUGUACAACAUCCGGAACUGGUGCCAGAAGUAUAAAGUGGCCUUCAAAAUCAACUCAGUUAUCAACACCUUCAACGUGGACGAGAACAUGGCAGAGCCCAUUGUUCAGCUCAGCCCGGUCCGAUGGAAGGUCUUCCAGUGUCUGCUGAUUGAUGGUGAAAAUGUGGGCGAGAAAGCCCUGAGAGAGGCUGAGAGGUUCACCAUCAGCGACCAACAGUUUCAGGAGUUUCUGGACAUACACAGCAGUGUCUCCUGCUUGGUUCCUGAGUCCAAUGAGAAGAUGAGGAAUUCUUACUUGAUCUUGGAUGAAUACAUGCGUUUCUUGGACUGUCGAGAGGGUCGAAAAGACCCGUCUAAGUCCAUCCUCGAUGUCGGCGUGGAAGAGGCCAUCACUUUCAGUGGCUUUGAUGAGAAAAUGUUUCUAAAAAGGGGAGGAAAGUAUGUGUGGAGCAAAGCAGACAUGAAGUUGGAGUGGUAACAUUGUACGAUACCCAAACUUGAUACACUGUACAUAAAAAACUUUAUGUUGUUUUUGUCAAAAACGUUUUUUUUGCUGUUAAUAUCAGGGUGUCCUGAUUCAUUAUUAAUAUCGGAAAUUGGUCCGAUAUCAGCAUAAAAAAAGGGGUUACAGCAUUAAGUAGUUCUGCAGUGCAGAGCUAAAGAGCCAGCUAAAAGCUAACGGAUCUCCACAAGGUUGGUCUUUUCUUUUAUUUAGUGAAAUCAUUUAUAAAAUGUUUUAAAAAAAAAUGGUAGGCCAUGGGCUACAUAGAGCUAGCAACUACCCAACAGCCAAGCACACAAUAGCAAUAAUCUAUAUAUAAGUAAUGAGUGUCCUAAUAAUUAUAAGCAAUAAUUAUACCUGCAUAUUUAUUACAGAUACAAAGUCUCCAAAGCAUCCAUUAACAACAUUCCACUUACUGCUUUCCAGGCUUUACGUCAUGAUUUAUUGUGGCCAAUAUGUGGUGCCAAAAAAGCAAUGACCACUCCACUUCAAUUUAAAGACAUCAUAAAUCCAUUCCAGAGAUUUAAUACAAAUAGGUUAGUGUUUUUCGUAUCUACCAUUGUUCUCUGAGUAAUUUCACUUGAUUAAACCUUUUCUAACAUUCCAAACUACAAAAUAAUAAAAGUAUGGAUGAUUUGUUAUGAUCUAUUUAAAUCAAUAUUGGUAUCUGUCAGUACUAAAAAAUCCAAUUUGUAUCAGAAGUGAAAAAGUUUGGAACACCUUUAGUUGUUAUAUUCGUUAUGUCGACAUCAGAAUUCAGAACCACUGUACGUAGUGAUGAGAAGCUCAUACUGUAUUGUGAAAUUUCCUAAUGUUAUUGAUCGCACCGAACAGCACAUAUUUUCCCUAGAAGACUGGAAAAAGAAAAAAAAAACUAUCAAGGUGUCUACCUAUUAUUGUUGUUUUUUAUGAAGAAAGUAGGGCUUAAAGAUGCUUGAAGUUUUGCAGACAAGGUAGUUGAUACAGUACUACAGGUUUUGGUAUCGAUCCGAUACCAAGUAAGUAUUGGCCAACACCAAUACUUUGAUGUCAGCCGGACAUUUUCAAGAUCAUUGAAAUAUUGUGUAAUUGUUUUACUUUAAUUUGUUGAUCAUAGUUAUAAUGAAAAUAAAACACUGGACAAAGAUUUUAGGCAAGUAAAAACAUAUUUGUAACAAAUCAACAAACUUCUGUAUGAACUAGUGCUAUCGAAUGAUUACAUUUUAAAAUCGGAUUAAUCACACUUUUGAAUUUGGAUUAAUCAUGAUUACUCGCAGGUUACAUAACAAUACACAUUACAUAAAGUAAUACAUCGCUUGCAUAAUUUAAAUUAACUUAAAGAAAAAAAACAAUAUUUGGACAUUAAAGCUAUUUUAUUGUCAGAAUGUCAUACAGGAACAUUUUUAAGAUGUUUUAAUUGAUUGCACGUCAUUUAUUCAAAACUUGAUAACAAUUACAGCUAAAGUCCCAUUGAGGUUUAUUUUGAAGGAAAAUUUGCUACCGAGCACAUCAGUCGGAGUCUUCUCACUUAUCUUUGCACUGGUGUAUGAAUUGACCUGAUCACUGACCAUAUAACAACCCAACCACCUUUAAUGUAACCAUCCAUGGUUAAGGUAAAGGAGUAUUUGCAAACAAAAUAAAUUGUAAUCUGCGUGUAUACAUUAUUAAUGAGAUCAUUUUUGUGGUUUAUUUAAAGUUAUCUUAUUUUUAACAGUUACAGUAUAAAUAAUUGGGGAUAUGAAAAUAUUUCAUACAAUAUAAGAUUAUGUAACAAUAUCAACACAAAUCAUGCAAUUACUUCAUUUUAUUAUUUGAGCAAAAGUUACUAUUGGCUCUCAGUUAACCCUUACAGCAGUGGUUUUUGAACUAGUACUAGUACCACCUCACAAAACACAUGGCUUUCCAAGUGUCACCAUUAUGAUCAACAUUAAAAUACAAGACAAUAAUUUAAGGCAUGGGUUCUUAUCCUUUUUGAUACCAGGGUCCACCUUUUCCACUACAGAGGGACCACUCAAAUAUUAACACUAAAUUAGUAAUCUUGAUUUUAAUCAUAUUCAGUAUUGAUAUCUAACCUACUUAUAGUUUGUCAAAUGAUAUGAAACCAUGUGUUAAUCACCAAAUAUUAUUUAUUUAACACAUAAACCUUAAGCUUAAGUGAGGCUGAUUAGAAACAUAAGUACCAACCAAAUAUAUUGCAUGAGAAGGGACUCAUUUUUAAUUGGCGAAAAAUACAUUUACAUAAAUUUACAAACAAUUAUGUUGUGCUAAAAUAAAUAAAUUACUGGUAAAUUGAUAAUUAAAAAUAUUUUUUAAUAAAUAGUGUUAUAGCUUCACCUUUAUUGUUAGUUUUUAAGCCAAAAUGCGUCUGUUCUCUCUUUUCUGUCGACACACUGUGUCUGCUUUAACAUGCUCCUCUGCACUGCUUGUAAAGCCAGCAAUGUCCCAACGUGAUUAAAGCGCGCUGUCAUGCCUGUUAAAAAAAAAGAAAUGGGAACCGGUAUUUUUCAAACGGAGUACCGUUUUUGAUUCAUUAGUACUGCGGUACUUUAAUAGUACUAGUAUACCGUACAACGCUACUCCAGACUGUGGCCCUCUCAAUAGGAGCCGAGUCUAUAAUCGAUUUUUUUUUUACUCAUCCUUCCCCAGCGUCUAUCUUUUUCCCACCUUUUACGGGGCGCCGUAUGUGGCAACCCGUCAGCGUUCCUGUUCUGUAACCCUGAACAAUGUUUGCCUAAUCUUGAAUGGGUUUGUGCUGAAAAUGAAAUUUUGUUGUACUUGUGCAAUGGCAAUAAAGAUCCAUCCUUCCA